UGCUUUUGUUUUUCAAAAAUCCUGUUACAUCACCAUGGAAACCAGGUGCCAGGAGGGCGGGAUGGACGUGGUGUAUUUUGAGGACAGGGGCGGGGCCAAGCUCAAGCUACAGGUGGUAGAUGGCAGGUAUUUCCCGGCUUUUCCCCCUGACGUCAUCAAAAACAUGCGCGCGCUGAAGAUACGGGGCGAUGACGUCAUACUGGUCGGUUACGUCAAGGCUGGCACACACUGGGUAUGGGAGAUCACUCGCAUGCUCCUGGCUAACACGACAGACGUCAAACUCCAGGAGAAGGACGACUGCAUGAUCGAAGACACGGCCCAGUACGUGCUGGAUGCUCUCCCCUCCCCGCGCGUCCUCAACACGCAUGUCCUGUUUGAUCAACUUCCGGUCGAGGUGUUGACCCAGAAGCCGAAAAUAAUUUACCUGACGAGAAACCCCAAAGACACGGCGGUCUCCUUGUACCACCAUAACAGGAAACUGUGGGACUACUACUUCUACGACGGGAAGUUAGAAGAUUAUAUCCAUUUAUUUUUAGAAGGAAAAGGUGAAAAUUUUGCGUCAUCAUUUUAUGUGUUGUUAUUCCAAGUGACCUACGGCUCCUGGUUCGACCAUAUACGCUCGUGGGGAACUGUUUUAAAGGAACGACCAGAACUGGAUAUACUAGAAGUUAACUACGAAGAUCUGUCGGAGUUUGAUCAUUCAGCCUUUGACCAUUCAGCCUUUGACCAACAGGACCCACUGAAGAAGAUACGUCAGAUCGCGUCCUUCCUUGGCGUCUCGCCCACAGAAGAACUCGUUGCUCGGAUCGACUCGGCCUGUUCUAUUAAUAGCAUGCGCGAGCGCAAAGGUGGAUUCUAUGCCGACUCUCAAGGUCACUCCAUCAUGUACAGAAAAGGCUUGGUUGGAGACUGGAGAAACGAAUUCACAGCAGAGGUCAAUGACCUGUUUGAUGGAGUGCUGAAAGAGAAACUGGUCGAUUUGCAGAACUGUGGUUUACAUUGGAGGUUCCAGUUGGAUCAGUAACAGGGGCUGUGGUUUACA